CCGGGGGAGAGAGAGCGCCCCCGCGCUGAGCACGGAGCGCCGGGGAACCAGGCCUCGCCCGCCGGCCGGGAGGCCCCGGAGUCGGCCCAUGGGGAGCGGGCGCCCGGUGCCGGCCCCGACGCCUGCCGCCGCCGGAGCCGCACCUGCCUUGUGAAGCCCAGGUGGUUAUGCUCCAGGGACCCCCUCUGGGAGAGCCCCAUGAGGGCAGAAGAGUGAUGGAGAGUACGCCCAGCUUCCUGAAGGACAGCCCAGCCUGGGAGAAGACAGCCCCUGAGAACAGCAUCGUGGGACGGGAGCCGAAUGCCCUGCCACCAGAGGGCCUGCGCCAUGGGGCGUUGUGCCUGGGAGAGUCCGCUCCUUUCUGGAGGGGUGUCCUGAGCACCCCAGACUCCUGGCUUCCUCCUGGCUUCCCCCAGGGCCCCAAGGACACACUCCCAACAGUGGAGGGUGAAGGCCCCCGGAAUGGGGAGAGCAAGGCCCGCUGGCUGAGCAGCAAGGAGGGGCUGCGCUGGAAAGAGGCAAUGCUCACCCACCCGCUGGCAUUCUGUGGGUCAGCAUGCCCGCCUCGUUAUGGCUCCCUGAUUCCUGAGCAUAGCAGUGACCAUGCCAAAAGUGACCCUGUGGCCUUCCGGCCCUUGCACUGCCCCUUCCUUCUGGAGACCAAGAUCUUUGAACGAGCUCCCUUCUGGGUGCCCACCUACUUGCCACCCUACCUAGUGUCCAGCCUGCCCCCAGAACGUCCAUGUGACUGGCCCCUGGCCCCGCAUCCCUGGAUGUACUCAGGGGGCCAGCCCAAAGUGCCCUCUGCUUUCGGCUUAGGAAGCAAGGGUUUUUACCAUAAGGAUCCGAGUAUUCUCAGGCUGGCGAAGGAGCCGUUGGCAACUGUGGAACCAGGGUUGCUAGGCUUAGCCCCUGGUGGGCCUCUCCAAAGAAGUGGGGAGGCAGAGUGCCCCCCACUCCACCAGCGGGAUGGAGAGACAGGCCUCGGCCGGCAUCAGAAUCUUUGCCCCCUUCUCCUGGGACAUCCAGACAUCGGUCCCCGGGCCCCCUGGCCUACUUGCCCUCCAGGCCUGGUUCAUACUCUUGGCAAUGUCUGGACUGUACCGGGGAGUGGGGGCCUUGGGUACCAGCUGGGGCCAUCAGCCACACCAAGGUGCCCCUCUCCCGGGCCUCUUACUACCCAGAGGGCCUGUUGCUCGUCCCACCCACCUGCUGGAGAUGGAGGCCUUGGCCCCUGUGGGAAGUGCCAGGAAGGCCUGGAAGGGGGGAGCAGGGGAGCCAGUGAAUCCAACGAGGAAGCAAACAGGGUCUCUGGUCCCAGGGCCUGCCUGCCCAGCCACCACACCAAGCUGAAGAAGACAUGGCUCACAAGACACUCUGAGCAGUUUGGGUGCCCUGGUGACUGCCCCGGGGACGAGGAGAGCCCAGCCGCCCCUCUCCGGGCCCACAAGCGGGCAAGCAGCCCUGAGGUCCAGGGAGUGGCGGGCAGCCCCGCUGCCAAGCGCCCCCCUGACCCUUUCCCAAGCAGUGCAGGGCAAAGGGCCAGAGAUCAGCAGGAUGUCCCGGACUUGUCAUUGGGGAACAAGGUGGAGGCCCAACAGCGUGAGGACCACAGAGGACCCCGAGAAGGCAGGGCCAACCUCCAGGACUCAGGACAUCAGGAUGCACCCUGCUCCGCACCCCCUGCAGGCGCUGCCCAAUGCCCGAGCUGUGCCCAGGCAGCAGGAGAGGUGGGAAGGUUGGCCAGCCACUCGCGGCAAGUGCCCAGAUGGUCUCAGGGAGGGGAGCAGCAGCAGGAGGAGGAUACGGCAGCGGGCUCCGAGGAGGGAGGAGGAUCUGACUCAAAGGCCGGGCUCAGCGUAGGCCUCGCCAAGCACCUGCUGAGUGGUUUAGGGGACCGGCUGUGCCGCCUGCUGCGGAGGGAGCGGGAGGCCCUGGCCUGGGCCCAGAGGGAAGCAGGCCAGGGGCCAGCCACGACAGAGGACAGCCCAGGCAUUCCAGGUUGCUGCAGCCGCUGCCACCAUGGACUCUUCAACACCCAUUGGAGAUGCCCUCGCUGCAGCCACCGGCUAUGUGCAGCCUGUGGUCGCAUGGCGGGUGCUGGGAGGGCCAGGGAGAAAGCAGGCUCUCCGGAGCAGUGCGCAGAGGAGUGUGCCCCCGAGGCUGGGCACCGUGCCUCUUCCUUGAUGCUCGCUCAGUUUGUCUCCAGCCAGGCAUUGGCAGAACUGAGCACCGCGAUGCACCAGAUCUGGGUCAAGUUUGACAUCCGGGGCCACUGUCCCUGCCAAGCUGAUGCCCAGAUGUGGGCCCCUGGAGAUGGGAGCCAGCAGAAGGAGCCGACAGAGAAAACCACCCCAGCUCCACAACCUUCCUGCAACGGGGACACCAACAGGACCAAGGACAUCAAAGAGGAGACCCCGGACUCCACAGAGACCUCUGCAGAGGGCCGAACCAGCCGAGGGUCCCUGCCUUGUCCCUCUCUCUGUGAGCUGCUGGCCUCCACUGCUGUCAAACUCUGCCUGGGGCAUGAGCGGAUACACAUGGCUUUUGCCCCUGUCACUCCAGCCCUGCCCAGUGAUGACCGGAUCACCAACAUCUUGGACAGCAUCAUUGCGCAGGUAGUGGAACGGAAGAUCCAGGAGAAAGCUCUGGGGCCUGGCCUGCGGGCGGGGCCGGCCCUGCGAAAGGGUCUGGGCCUGCCCCUCUCGCCAAUUCGGUCCAGGCUGCCUCCACCAGGGGCUUUGCUGUGGCUGCAGGAGCCCAGGCCUCGGUGGCGAGGCUUCCACCUGUUCCAGGAGCACUGGAGGCAGGGCCAGCCUGUGCUGGUGUCAGGGAUCCAGAGGACGUUGCAAGGCAGCCUGUGGGGCACAGAGGCUCUUGAGGUACUCGGAGGCCAGGUGAAGGUGAUGGCCCCCCUCGGGCCCCCUCAGCCCACAAACCUGGGCAGCGCGGCCUUCUGGGAUGGAUUCUCCCGGCCUGAGAUUCGACCCAAGUCAUCCGAGGGCUCGGUCCUCCUGCUGCACAGAGCUCUGCGGGACGAGGACACCAGCAGGCUGGAGAACCUGGCUGCCAGUCUGCCCCUUCCAGAGUACUGUGCCCUACACGGGAAACUCAACCUGGCUUCCUACCUCCCACUGGGCCCCGCCCUGUGUGCACUGGAGCCCCAGCUGUGUGCAGCCUACGGUGUGAGCCCACACCGUGGGCACCUGGGGACCAAGAACCUCUGCGUGGAGGUGACAGACCUGGUCAGUGUGCUGGUGCGUGCUGAAGCCCCACUGCCUGCCUGGCAUCGUGCACAGAAAGACUUCCUCUCAGGCCUGGAUGGGGAAGGGCUCUGGUCUCCUGGCAGCCAGGUCAGCAGCGUGUGGCACGUGUUCCGGGCACAGGACGCCCAGCGCAUCCGCCGUUUUCUCCAGAUGGUGUGUCCGGCUGGGGCAGGCAGCCUGGAGCCUGGCAGCCCAGGCAGCUGCUACUUGGAUGCAGGGCUGCGGCGGCGCCUGCGGGAGGAGUGGGGUGUGAGCUGCUGGACCCUGCUGCAGGCCCCGGGAGAGGCUGUGCUGGUCCCUGCGGGGGCCCCCCACCAGGUGCAGGGCCUGGUAAGCACAGUGAGUGUCACUCAGCACUUCUUGUCCCCGGAGACCUCUGCCCUCUCUGCUCAGCUCUGCCACCAGGGACCCAGCCUGUCCCCUGACUGCCGCCUGCUUUAUGCCCAGAUGGACUGGGCUGUGUUCCAAGCAGUGAAGGUGGCUGUGGGAACAUUGCAGGAGGCUAAAUAAGGGCAUCCCAGGUGUCUGGGGUAGGGGAGGGGGCAGGUAGACCAGGUGCUCAGCUCAGGCACAGCAUAAGGAGAGAAUGACAAUGGGAACUUGGGGACUUUUGGUCAAUUCCACAAGCACCACUCUGGGCACUGGCAGGGCACUCUGUUCCCCGCCCCUGGCCUGGGCCCUAAAGCCAACAACCACAGUGCCACCAAAGCUCCCACCUGCCCUUCGCAGGCUGGCAUCUGCUCUGCCCUUUUGCCCUUCUUCAUAGCACCAGGCCCACGUUGGGGGCGACAGAGUCCCUCCGACCCCUGCUUCUCAGCCCAGGAGACAAACAGCCCUUCCUUGGGGUACUUUGGGAAUCACUCUGGCUUAAGCAACACCUUCUGCUGCCUCAUCCCCUGCCGUCCCACCUGUGCCAAGCUCUUUUACACCACCCACCUCCUCACACGGCUCUGGGCGCCCACUGCACUGCAGGCCUGCUGGACAAGGGGCCCCUCCGAGCGCCUGCCCUCUUGCCCGAGGGAGAGCCCUGAAGUGUGGGGAGGGGGCGCCUCAGGACGAUACCUAGGUUUGGCCAAAGGGAAUGACGGGGGUGAGGCCCUGUCGCCGCUGCCUCCGCUCACUUGCUCACGUUCCCAUUUUCCAUUAAAGUCUGUUGUUUUGUGAAAGCU